UGGCCAUUCUGUGGUUGGGGGAUUAGAUAGAAGAGCAGGAAUGUGUUUUAUCUCGAAGCAGACCUGUAUAAGAGCUCUCAAGGUCCGGAAACUCAGGCGAUUUGAAGGACUUGUUCUCCAGAGCAAACACAUGAGAACAAACAGGGUUCCAGUCAACACUUGAUAUUUCACUCAUGUGGCUGACCACAGUAGAGGAACUCAUUUCAGCUGCAGUCGGCGUACACAGAAGGAUUUAUCAUGUCACUGAAACUCUCCAAGAGGCCGAGCAGCAAGAAGAAAAAACUUCUAAAGGUGAAUGCUCAGACAGAGAUCUUUCAUAAGCUUGGUCUGGAGACCUACUGGACUACACCUCUGGACCCUGCAUCUAUAUUAGACAUCAGUACCUGGACUUUGAAGAGCCAAACUGCUCUUACUCCUCAGGACCUGCCAAAAUCUUUCCUUCAACGCCUUUGGGCGCUUCGCAAAGAUGCUCGGAGUACUUCAUGCAAAACUCCACAAAAUGUUGACGGCGACGAUAAGUCACCUCAGGAAAACUGCAAUGGUUCCGAAGAGGAAAUCCAGCCUGUUGUCCACCCCCUUGAUCUGGUGACAGCUGUGUUUAUGUCUUCCAACACUUUCCUACAUCAGGAGAUCACUAUGCGCAUGGCACAAUGCCAGUUUGCUAUACCUCUGAUCCUUCCCAACAUAGAUCCAGAUGAACCCAGUAACUUCCUCCUUUGGCCUUUGAGAAGUGUUGUCAGCCAGUGGUUGUCUCACUCUGUGGGUGACAACAAGAAAGUCCAUGAGGGAGACUUGGCAAGCACCUGCAUGCCAAUGGUUUCAUGCAUAAAGCUUGGUCAUUGUGGGAUCUCCAAGUCACAGGUACUAAACCAUAUCAUGAGUGGGCCCAGGUCUGAUAGGGAAACGUUUCUCCACAAGGGGUUGGAUGGAGGGCAGCUGCCCCGAAGACUAUCCAAUGGCCUGGUUGAACUUGGAUGGUAUUUGCCUAGUGGAGACAUCAACAAAGAUAAUCUCCCUAUACCUAUGGUAAUCUCUAAUCUACGUGGUGACGCCAGUGCUCAUGAGAAAUGCUUCAGCCUUCUGUGUCAAGCAUCUUCAGUUGUUGUAGCUUUCUGUGGAGAUCUUAGGGAGAAGGAGAGACAGCUUCUUUUAUCCUGCAAACAUAUGGCAUGCAAGCUCAUACUGAUUGACCUGUCAGACUCUGAGAUGAAUGAAAACCGAGUUGUUGGAUUUGUUGGUCACAAUCUUGAAGAGCACAUGGGCCUGCCUGAAGGGUCUGUGAUUUCAGGAAAAUCUCUGGAUGAGAACGAGCUGGCCAAUAAGCUAUGUAACAGCCUGAAGAAUCUGCUGCCAGAUCAAGUGAGACUUGUCACCCUUGAGGCUGCAGCACAGUUAGCAGCAGAGGUAGGUUUUAACGUGGAUGAAGGCUCAGUCUGUAAAAAGGCAAUGACCACAGUGGACGAAGUUUUGAAAGGUUUAGAUGGGGGAUCGUCUGAAUUUAAGAUGAAACAACUUCCAUUGCAGGGACCUUUGUGGAUCAGAUUGUCUCAAAUAGAAAAAGAGGAGAGUAAGCAGAAAAAGGAAGGUCAGGAAAUCGAUUCCCAAAUGCUAAAGGAAAAGAAAGAUAUCUUGGCUGAGUUGAGGAGCUACAAAAUGACUCCAUCCAUGAAGAUUUUCACCGAUUCACUUUUCACAGCAGAUAAAGUCGAAAGAACUUAUUUUCUGAAUUGGCUCAAGAUGAAGCUUCACCUCAUGCAAACAGCAAAACAUAAUGAUCCACAGGAGCAUUUUGCAUAUCUGCAUGUAGAAAGGAGUGAAGACACACCUGAACAUUUGAAUCCACAAAAAAAUGGUGUCAGUGGGAACACAGACGACACUGAUAGUUUCUGCACAGAUUCAACAUUUGAAGAGGAAAUGGAUGUAUCACCUGGAGGCAAUGAAUUCCAAGUUUCUGAAGAAGAGUGUGAAAAAGGGAAAAAGUCCCCACACAUUCUUCCGACUGCUGACAAGACACAAGAAAAAGAAGAACUUCAGUCAAUUCACACUCCUGUCAUAAUGCAAGAACUAGAUGCAGCAUCAAAUGAAAAAAUCUUGGAAACCACUUCAGUUUGUGAUGAACAAAUUCAUCCACAAGGCUCAGAAACCCAAGUCUGUCAGUCUGAAGAAAAUGAUGCUGUGAGCUGCGACAGGAAACAGCCAGAUGAACCAGAAGUGACAUUAGCAAUGCCAGAAGCAGAUUCUACUUUUGAACAGCAAGCGUCUCUUGAGACUUCCUCUGAAUAUCAGCUACAGCCCUUCGAACUGGAUCCAUCCUCAUUAGGGCUCGAGCACUUCCUGCGUGAAAUGGGUCUGAUUUUUGAGUUAACACACGUCAAUCCUGGCAGUGGCAGUCACAAUGUGCUGCGACUCCCUAGCCUGGCUGCUGAUCUCCUUCUCUAUGGAGUUCCUCUUGAACUCAUGGAUGGAGACGCUUCCAGUAUUCCAGCUUGCUGGCUAAGCUGUGUUUUUGCAGAGCUCAAACGCCGUUUGCCUAAAGAUCAGUGCAGAACCCGAGUGUUGACCAACCUCGGUGUGCAUCACGCAAGGAAUGCUGAGACUCUUUCUGCUUUGUUUGGGGUGAAAUUCCAUGAAGGGAAGAAAAGAGCAAGUAGAGGGAUGUACAUGCUUCUCCUUGGUCUUCCUCACAAUCUCAGAGAGGACAUGGAGUGUGACUUUCUUUUGUUGCUUGAUGUCGAAGGUCUCUGCUCAGUCCCACAGGACAAUGAAAAUGUGUUGGUCCACGACAAUGCAAUGGCCACAUUUGCAAUCGGAUUGAGUGAUGUUCUCUUGCAUAACAUUGCCUCUCACAGUGAAUACGAGCUGGAAACAAAUAUUGCGGUUAUUGUCAGUGCUCUUCUCCGCAAUAAAGAGUGUGGGUCCAUGCCGAUUUGUGAACUACUGGUCCAGGAUGUUGGCAUAAAUAGCAUCCUCCAAGCAUCACAGUUAGGACGCGUUUCUGAGAUGCUGCAGCCAGAGAGUGAUGGUAUUGGAAUCGGCAAAGCUGCACUGGACCCAAGUGGUACUACAUGUAUCAGUGGGCCUUGGUUAAAUGUGACACUUUCUGAACCACUUGAUCCACACUACAGUGAGGCAGUUCUAGAGCUUAAGGAAAAUAUUUUCAAAGCAUUGAAGAAGUCUGCUACUAAGUCUGAAGCCCCCAGUUUGCCUGACCUUAUAAAACGAUUGUACGAUGUUUGGGAUAUGAUAAAAGGAGAAUCAUUCUCCAUUGGUCUCCAAAACACUGACAUUGCUUUAGCAUUUUCUUUAUUGUGCACAAAGCUUUCAAAGUGGAACACUGGCUUCCUGGAUAACAUGGAGUUUUGGCUCAUGGGGGCAACUCAGAAAAUCGUUGCCACAAAAGUGAAAGCUCUGGAUGCUACAGUCCAGAACGAGCUCUUGAGCAAACUGAAAGGUGAAGCCACAGAGGAAGUUAAAACAGAGGUGGGCAAAAUGAAAUCAGAAGUCGAAGCCUAUCUGAUGGAAAAUGAAUCUCUCAAAGCAAAUGCUGAAACAUUCAGACCAAUCUUUUUCACCAACAUGUGUAACCUCCAAGACAGAGUUACAGAGCAGAUGAUACAAAAAUUAGAAACAAUCAGUGAGAGUCACUGUUCUUCCACACAGUUGGAAAACUUUCAGGCCUUAUUGGAGAAAGAACAAGAGUCUGUGCUACAUGCACUGGUAGAGAAAAGCAGGUCAACAAAAGUCAUUUUUGAAGAUACAGAGCUGGAAGAGGAAUUUGAGGCUGUGUGGAGUAAAGCACUGUCCAUAUUUGACUUCAGGCCCUCAGAGACUGAUGACAUUACUGCAAGGGUGAUAGAUAUUCUGAGAGAGAAUCUAAACAGCCGAGGGCUGCAGAAACACAUAAAAAAGCUUGAUACCAUUGGGGAAAAUCAGACCAAUGGCUUCCAAGUUUAUGAUGAACACUUUGGAUACCGAAGCAGAUUGAAACACAUGUUUGAAGACAACAACCGACUGCAGAGAUUGAAAGCUCAGCAGCUGGCGGGCAGCAUCAUAGAGGAAUACCAUCAGUUUGUCGAAAAUAAACACAGCUUACUAGCAGACUUCUCUGACAGCUACAUUACAGAACUGCUGGAAAAUGUUGAAAAAGCUUUGACGGAAAACUCUUUGGAAAUCCGAUCUGUUUUUGAAGUGGAUCUGAAAGUUUAUCUCUGCAACGCUGCAAGCCAUGACUUUCAAGAACUACAUGACCGCUUUGCUAAGGACAGAGAACUAUUGACAUUCAUCAAUGCAACCAAGAGCAUGCACUCAGCAGAGUUUAUCUAUAACUUCAGGAAGAGAGACCAAUGCCACAGGUUGGCCCAAACAUUCACGUCAAUGGUCUUUAAACCAACAGUUUUGGAUUUUGUAAACAGGCCACUGGGAGCAAAUAUUGUGGAAGAGAUACUCGGUAAAGCCCAAGAGUAUCAGUCCCCACAAGCAAUCCACAAAAGCUUACUGGAGGAGCUGAUUAAAGAAGACAGCUUUGAAAGCUUCUUGGAGUAUUUGAAUUCCUUUGACAACUGUAGGCGGAGGAAGAUCCAGAAGGCGGUGGAGGCCCACAUCUCUGAAUCAACAAACAUAGGUAUAUGGAGACAACAGCGACUUGGAGAAGUUGUCGGAAAGAUCGCAGCUGCAGUCAGCCAAACAACCGAGGGAGGCAGUGGGGUGCUGACUGAUGCAAAGCCACUGCUAGAGAUGGUGUGUCUGACUUUAGAGGGAGAUGGGGAUGUUGUUGUCAACAAGACCCUGCUAAAUGGGCCCCUCUUUAGUUUUACCACAGAAUGGGACCGUUUCGUUAAAUAUCUGAUGGAGUUUUUGGCUACGAUGCGAUUAAAUCUUGUCCAGGAGUUUUCCCAAAGUGUGGACGUCACCCAGCUUCUUGACUCCCUUUCACUUCAGCCCCAAGACCAUCUGUUUGAAAAGGUUCGAGGCUGUGAUAAGCAAUGCCCCUUCUGCAAAGCCCCCUGUGAUGAAGACAAAGGGCACGAGGUGCACAAGGCUUCACUCCACCUGCCCAUAGGCAUGCUGCCGUAUGACCCAACGUCUCUGUCCUUUAUCACGGGUCCUGUAAGCAUGACUGAUGGAAACUCAGACCACGACAGGAACCACCAGGAUGCAUCCAUGACAUGCAACAACCUCAAUUCUUUCUAUGCAAACUGGGCCUCUUCCACUGAGGGCCAAAACACCCAGAAGACAAAUGAUUACUGGAGGUAUGUGUUGGCAAGGUUUAAUGAGAGGUUUGCUGAAGAAUUUGGGCAGGAACCAGCAAAGAUACCGGAGGACUGGAUGAAACUCACUCAGGAGGAUGCCUUGGACUGUCUGAAGUGACAUUUUCUGCUGGAUUCUUAAUGACUGACCCACUCUUGCUGCAGCAUGAAGACUGUUGUCGCUGUCCCUGAGUAUUUUGAUCAAGCCCCCAUCAAAAAAAAAAAAUUAAGCACACCUUUUCUUGAGUUGGACUGAUUACAUUUUAUUUAAAAGGGAUAAGAAUAAUAGUAUUCGUUUCUCAACUGUUAAAAAUGUGAAUGUUAAUCUGUUAAUGUCAUAGUUAAUGCUUUUUCAUCUAAAUGUCUAAGAGCGUAAUUUCUAUCCAUUUUCAAACCAACUAAUCUUGACCAGCGAGAACGUAAAGUAACCUCUUAUCAAAUUAAAACUGUAUUUUAAUAAAUUGUCUAUUCACAUUUAGAGUAAAACAGCUGAUCCAUUUGUGCUGAUAAUGUGAGAUUUUAACUUGUUUUAUCUCUGAUAUUCUAUUAAUUUAAUUUGUCAAAAUGUCAAAAAUGCCUAAGAAAAAUGUAAAUAUUUUAGUUUAAAUUUGUGAAGUGCUUGUGCUGAAGGUUUUUCUUUUCCAUUGUUUUUUUUUUGUAUUUAAAUCAUUGUUUAAUCUCCAGUACUAGCGAGAUUACCCCAACCUCACAUCAUGGAUUCUCA